AUGACCAGCCUCAAACCCCUCAUCCUCCACGCCCACGGCACAGGUCCCAACCCCUACAAGAUUGCCUGCGCUCUCGAAUUCCUCUCCCUUCCCUACGAAGUCAAACUCUGGCAAUUCGGCGACGGCCCCAACGGAGUCAAAGGCCCUCGAUUCUUGAAAAUCAACGAGAAUGGACGUGUCCCUGCUCUCGAGGAUCCCAAUACGGGCGUCGUGAGUUGGGAGAGCGGAGCGGUGAUGAAUUACGUGAGACGAGUAUACGACCUGAACGGCACCCUGGGACCCAAAGGCAACGGCGAACGGGAACGGGUGGACUUUGAGAAAUGGGAAUUCUUUCUCCUGACGACUCUGGGACCUAUGAUGGGUGAGUUUUAAGGACUCGAGUUCGAAUCCUGAUUCUGAUUGCCACGGUGCUCAACAACACAUCUUUGUUCUUAGGCCAAGUCAACUGGUUCCGCCACUACCAUUCCAGCAAGAACGACAACGCCCUCAACCGCUACGAAGAACAGGCAUACCGCUGUUUCGGCGUUCUCGACGGCCAGAUCAAGUCCCACGGCGGGAGAUUCAUCCUUCCCGGGAACGGUAUCAGUGCUGUGGAUUUGCACUUCUAUCCGUGGGUGUACCAGCAUGGGUUUGCGGGGUUGAGUUUGGAUUCGUAUCCGAAUGUGAAGAAGUGGUUGGAGGGGAUUGCGGGGAUGGAGGAAGUGAAGAGGGCUUAUGAGAAGGUGCCAAAGGGGAAGGAGAUGUGA